GCGACUCCAGCUUUUUGCUCGCCCUCUCGCGGCGGAAACCGGAACCACGAUAGCGAGGGUCCCCGGAAGGCUGGUAUGGCGGAUCCCAGCGAUAAUUGCGUUCGUCCGUCGAAAAGAACUGCUUCUAAAUCCAAACGGCACUGUUCGGUGCCCCAGUGUACCGCUGCGGUAUGGAAAGAUAACGGUGAAUCGUUUCACCGCUUCCCCAACCUCAAGGAAACGUGCAGAAGAGGCUCCGACAUCGUCAACCGACGCGAAGAGUGGGCGCGACUUCUUCGGACAGGGAAGACCGUCACCGAAGCGAUGACGGUGUGCUCGCGGCAUUUCUCUGCGAGCGACUUUUUAUUGCCAGGACAUGCAACUCAAAGACGCCGUCUUAAGAGAGGAGUGGUACCCUCCCAGAACCUCCCUGUUCUUUCAACUGAAAACAAGGAGAACAGGAAGAGGUUGCGGGAAGUAAGCGAAGGCCGCCAGAAGCGACGCGAUAAGAGAGCAGCAGUAAAGCCUCUGUUAGCCAAGGUUGCACUCUGCGAAGCUGAGAAGUCCUGCAAUCAAGUGGACGACAACGCAGAGUCGGUUGAAGAUCAUGAAGACAGGGCAGAGUCGGCCGAGGAUGGUGAAAGCAGCACAGUGCCCCUGCCUGUUGCGUCGCCAGUGGUCCUCCUUGACAUGGGUGUACAGGUGUCAAGUGGGGACUUUGGCGACAACUUUUCUCGUGUGGUAAAUAAGGAAAAUGUGUGUUCCUUUACCGGCCUUCCCAACAUGGAGCUUCUCACUGUUCUAGAGAAGCUCGUGUCUGAUACGACGCCCACAUCAACACGAGCUUACCUGUCAGCAAAAGACAAAAUAGUCAUGACUAUGAUGGCCUUGAAACAUGCUCUAACAUUUGACUUCCUGUCUCAGAUCUUUGGAGUGUGUCCGACCACAGUGAGCACCACUGUACGGAAGACAACAAGGGUCCUUGCGGCAUUUCUUAAGACUGCCAUAACUUGGCCAUCCAAGGAUGAAGUUCUGCAUAACUUGCCGGUCUGUUUUGAGAAGUUUUCGCAUGUUCGUGUUGUGCUCGACUGCACGGAAAUUCCUGUGGGCACUCCGAAGUGUUUGAGGUGUCGCAUCAGCACAUACUCCCAUUACAAAAAGGGACACACCAUAAAAUAUAUGGUAGGUGUUUCACCUGGUGGUUUAGUGACCUACGUCAGUAGUGGUUACGGAGGUCGAGCCUCGGACAAGGCUAUCUUCGACCAAAGUGGUUUGGUAGAUAUGCUCUUGCCAGGAAUAGACCACAUAAUGGUGGACAAGGGGUUUCUCAUUGACAGCACAUGCGAAACAAGGCUGAUAGCUGUGGUGAGGCCCCCAUUCCUACAUGCAAAAAAGCAGCUCUCAAAGGGUGAAGCCCUUGCAACAAAGCGCAUAGCAGCAGCAAGGGUUCACGUGGAGAGGGUGAUUCAAAGAAUCAAGCUGCUCAAGAUUGCAUCUCAAAAGAUGCCCUGGCACAUGGUGCCACUAGCAGAUGACAUUCUUACCAUUGCAUGUGCCUUAACCAAUUUGUCUCCACCAGUUCUCGCAGACAGCAGGUUUCUUUAAGCUUUUCAUAAAGGGACGGGGCUUUGGUUAGCUUAAGAGGUAAGCACGCACUUUUCAGUCGAGAUCAGAAAUAAAACCUUUUUUUUUCCUCAAAAGAAUUGAGGUUUAAUUUACAUCACCUGGGGACAUUUUUGGAUAUAUAUAUUUUUUAUUAAUUUAAAGUAUAACAGGCUAAACCAAAACUGUGUGUCUUUUGGCUGUUCUGCAGCAUUGCUAUCAAGGUAAGAAUGUCAUGAGUUUUGCUGCAAGAUGACGUCUUCAGUAUGAAGGUGGUGUACUGUGAACAAUUUAGUUUUGAACCCCUGCACAAAAUUGCCCCUUGUUUGUAUUGGAUUGCCGCAAAAUUGCCAAAACUGUUUGCAUGUGUAUUAAUGUAAAGUAUAGCUUUAAGUUUUAAAAUGUGUAUAAUUUGAAGUAUGUCAAUUUGUGAUAAAUAUGUAUUCUAUGCUUCGUGCUUUACCGCCGAGGCCUGUGAGCUGUUUGUAAGCACGCGAAAAUAAACACUGAAUUGAAUCAUCCCUGCUACAAUUGUUAGUACUUUAUCGCACUUGCUUCUGUCACCCUGAAGCGAUUCUGCAAAACGCUG